UAUUUUCAUACUUACAAUAUAAUCUUUGAGCUUGACAAGACCAACUAACUCUCUAGAAAUAAAAAUCAAAUUGUUAAAUUCCGAGUUAUCAAACAAAAAUACAUACAUUUAAAGAUGGUUGGAUCUAGUACACGUGAUUCGUCGGAUUCUUCUUUCCUUAGGAAGUUACGUAAACCUCUGAUAGAGAAGAAACGACGAGAUCGUAUGAAUGUCAGUAUAGAUAGCCUGAAAGCCUUGUUGGCAAAAUCUUCUAACAACCCUGCUUCUGUAGCCAAGAUGGACAAGGCGGAGAUUCUAGAGUUGGCUGUGUCUCACAUUUCCCAGCUACACCAACGACCCAGAACUACACACACUGACCACGUUACAUCUUACCGUGCGGGCUUCCGGGAAUGUAGGAAAGUGACUGGCCGGUUCCUUAGCUCAGCUGCUAGGAUGCCAAAUCCCGUUCUCCUAGAACUUGACAACUAUCUACAAAACGUCUGUGAUACUUCCGGCCAAGAUGAUGUCAUCAUGUCGUCUGCUACCAGAAAUACUCGAUUUGUUCCCGAACGCAGAUGUACAAGUUCGCCAGCAUUAGACCUGCCACCAGCACCAACAUUUUGUCCGGACAGUAUGUUUUCUCCUAUUGCUUCUGCUGAGAUCCGAGGUCAUCGAGUGCAUUCGCCCAUGGAUAGUUUAUAUUUUGGCAGAGUCAGUUCUUCGUUUAGUAUGCCGAGUCCCACUUUAUCCACGUGCACUUCCAUAGCCUCUGAUUCUAGUACUUCAGGAUUUUCUGAUAACGUUGUAGAUUCAUCAUCUGACCUUGAAGGAAUCGCGCAUGCGCAAUCCCAACAAUGUAAAAGUGACAUUAUACUUGAGGCACCAUGGAGACCUUGGUAAGUGUGUAACCACGUGUAGUGAUGACUUCUAACAAAUUAUUCCGCAGAAG